GAACUCCUCUUUUCAUCCCUACUCUUCUCGUGUUCUCAAGAUGUUUGAGUUUAAUUCAAAGGUCAUUCCAGCCGAUAAUAGUGAGAAGUCCAAGAUCCUCCGCAAACUGGGUGAUAGGGAAGCUCACCAAUUAGCUCUUCAUACACUAGGUGGCCAUCGCAACAAAUCUAUCACCUGCCGCUACACAACUCCUCAAAGCUACCUAUCUCAUCCUAACCGUCUCAUACGUAUAGUCGAAACCGCUAUCAUCGAAGCACUUCUUCUGCAUCCAAUUUUACAAGCUGGGAUAAUCGAGGCCAACUCUAGAAGUCCAGCGUGGAAACAACUACUUUACCUAAAUCUAGAUGAGCAUCUCACAUGGCGCUUCUUACAAAUACCUGAGAACUUCGAUGAUGUUUCCAGAGAGCUCACUCUUUCCGAAAUCGAUAGCAGUUUUCCUAGAAUUGAAGAAAAGCCAGGGUGGAGAAUUGUUGUCUUAUAUCAAGAAAGAGUGAAUUUACUAGAAGUACAUUUUACUUGGAAUCAAGCCUAUUGUGAUGGAGUCAGCGGGCGAAUCUUCCAGGAAGAUCUAUGUCGACGUCUUAAAACGGCGGCUCAGCAAGGGAAGAUAGAAGAUAACACCCCGACAUGUUCCCUGAUUCCACUUUCUUCAACUCCAAACCUGUCUCCUUCAAUCGAAGAACUCUGUAGGUCCCCUCAUAGUAUAUCUUUCCUCGCCAAAAGUCUCUGGAAAACAUUUACUCCCGCAGCUAUAUUACGGACAAAGUUAAGUUUAGCUUAUUGGGCACCCAUUCAUCUCAUCCCAUACUCCACCCAAUAUCGCUCAUUCUCUAUCUCAAGAACAACACUCCACGAUAUCCACCUCGCAUGCCACAAGAAGAAAAGUACACUUGUGAGUCUUCUGCACGCACUCAUGGCUCCCUCACUAGCGUCGCAAUUAGACGAGAAGAUAGCGUCUGUAUUUCAAAGUUGUACAACACUGAAUAUGCGACGAUUCAUACCGUUUAUUUUCUCAAGAUCUUUAUACUCAAAGUCUAAUGUAGAGAGAAUGAUGGGGAAUUACGAAACGUCAAUUUCGCAUAAAUUUGAUAAGGGACUGGUAGCUCAGCUACGCGAAAAACUUCCAGGAGACGGUAAUCAGGAUUUACUUCUAUCACCUGGACAACUGAGACAUAUUUGGAAGAUCAGCGCAUGUAUCCAUGGAGAAAUUGAAGGUAAGAUAGCGACAGGUUUCAAAAACGAUUCUGCAGGAGCGAUGCAACACAUAGGAAAUUGGCGACAGCGUAUAAAAAACGGGUCUAAGAGACCCAAGCGACUCUCAUGGUUAAUUAUAGAUGCUGGGAUUUUGGAUGAGAAAUUGAAAAUUAACAGUGAGGUAUCGUCUGCGAAGGUUAAGCUAGAAGAAGAAAAUGCGUGGAUACUUCAUAGAGCAGGAUUUGCAUCGAGUGCCGAGACUAUGGGCGCGGCUUUUGUGAUCUCGCUUAUGAGUGUUAAGGGAGAGGGAUUACAUGUGGGCGUUAGUUGGCAGAAUUGUGUCUGUGGCGUUGGGAUUGGAGAGCGAGUCGCAGCUGAUUUGAAGAAGUGGCUUGAGCAGAUUGCAGAAGAAGCGUAUCCGUGAUUGUUAUUUCUUGAUUAUGUAUGUAGCAAGAGCUACUGAUUAGUAUAGCCGAAAUCA